AUGGAGGGGAAGAAAACUUCAGCCAGCCUGUCAGAGCAUACACUGACAAAGAAGAUACCAACAGAAACACUGGAACAACAGAUUAUAUCAUUGGAAAAGCAGAGGCAGGAGCUUUUGGCAGUGAACAAUCAAUGGGAUCAACAAUUCAGAAGGAUGAAAGCGCAGUAUGAAAAAAAGGUCACUGAAGUGAAAGCAGAAGUGGAAUCAAUGCAGAAGAUUGUCAGGACACUCGAAGGAGAAAGGCUCCAAAUGCAACAAGAAUGCCAAAGGCUGGAAGCCCUGACUACAAACAGGCUAGUAGAGGAAAUGAGUGAUAAAAAAACCUUAAAGGAUGAGAAUAGACUUCUGAAAGAAAAAAACGCCUUAGCAAACACAAAGAAGAUGCAUUAUGAAUGUGAAAUAAGUCGACUGAACAAGGCCCUUCUGGAUGCCUGGAAAAGUCAAAGCACACCCUCGCAUGUGCCUCAUGUGAGUGCCUUGGACAGUAAUUGCAAUCAAGAAGAGAUGAGAAUGCAAAUGGAAGUUCUCAGACAACAGGUUCAAAUUUAUGAAGAAGACUUUAAAAAAGAAAGAUCUGAUAGAGAAAGACUUAAUGCUGAGAAAGAAGCACUGCAGCGAAUUAAUGAGAGAUCACGGUCCCAGUUGGACAAACUAAAUUCUCAGAUUAAAGACUGCCAGGAUGAAAAAGAACUACUUCAGAAGCAAGUAAAGCAACAGGCCCAAGCACUUACAGAAAAACAUGCCUUCCCACAUCAGUUAUUUGUUCCUCCUUGUCUUAGCUGCGGGAACUGUGGAUUAUUUCACCCUUACCCUGAACCUCAAAUAAUAUUGCCCUCCUAUGGCAUUAGCAGAAAGCCACAACAGCAGCAGCCUCCACCAGACUAUCAAUGGUAUGUUCCUGACCGGUUUCCGCCAGAUGUGCAGCACAAGGCAAAUGAUGCCUCCGCAGAGAAAGACGUUUCCCACAUGUAGCAUAUGAAGAGAAAGCACAGGAGCAAAUGCACGA